AUGUGGUGGCCCAAGACGGGGGCCAUAUCGGACUCUGGCAAGCGGUAUCUGUGCGCAAUAACAAAUGCCAACAUUCCCGGGGUACGCUGGCGGACCCCCUUGUCGGCGAUCGCCGCACAACUGGACCACUGCCAUCACCCCAUUGUUUUGUUGUCGAAAUCCUGGUCAUUUUUGUGUGGACCAGGGGGUGCGGAGUGGAGCGCCAAGGCGAGGAUCCGUCCGAGCCAUCCACCUGCGGCCUCCCUCGUCUCCGGUCUUCUUGACUCUGUCUUGACCCCGAACUCAGGCGGGGGAGGAGGAGAGAGUGUAGGUAGAUGCUACGCAAGUCUCCUGGCACUAUAAACCCCUGCGUAAGUCACCGUCCCUGCUCCCACAAUGCAGUCUGUGGGGCACACGGUGGACAUCAUCGAAAUCGAUGGUCGAACUGUCGGUGGUGGUGGUGGUGGUGGUGGUGGUGGUGGUGGUGGUGGUGGUGGUGGUGGUGGUGGUGGCGGCGGUGGCGGCGGCGGCGGCGGCGGCGGCGGUGGUGGUGGUGGAUUUGACUGCGAAUCCGAAAUUUCGGGUUAA